GUUAAUAUUCGUCUACAUGGAAUAAACGAUACUUUUCGAAGGACUGAACAAACAAGCACUUUCAUGGCAUCUGUACACAUGCAGCAGUAUUAUCUUACACAUCUUCAUCCUGCUUUGGGUUGGAUCCUUACCAAUGCAGUCUGUGCGGUCCUAGCGUUACUAGUCAGAGAAGCAAUACAAAUAACUAUUGGGAAGAUGGGAGUUCAGGAAUCGGCAUUUUUACGUGAUCGAAUAUGCAAUUUUGUUCUUUACAAAGCUGUAUUUUUAUUUGGCGUAUUAAAUAAUAUUGACCGUGGUGAUAUCAUUUCUUGGAUUUUAUGGUCUGCACUGCUUGCAGCAGUCACUGCGCUGCAAAGUAUAAUUGAAUAUAGAUUGAAAUAUCUGAUUCCGUCGUUAUCUUCGAAAACAGUUUUAUUUCGUGUUUUAAUUCUGGCUGCAUUUUUGCUGACAAUAUCAACUGCAUUUAUUUAUUGCGCAUAUGUUGCUUUUCAUCUUUUUUCAACAAGCAUCGCCUUGUUUAUUCUUGCAGAUGCUGUUAAAUUGUUGUUAAGGAGUAUUUAUACAGUAUCCAUGUGCGUUCUUUUGCUUGAGAAUGUAUCAAAUUGUUUUUCAUCUAUCAAUUUAUCGACGCUAACAUAUUAUUUGGAAUUUUUUCAUGAUCUUGCAAUCGAUUCAAUUGACUUACUUCAUUAUACACAUAUGCUGCUUUAUUCGCAAGUUGUAUUAAGUAUGGCUUGCAUUGUGAUUUCCAUACAGUUACGAUCAUUUUAUAAGUCAUUUGUUACUCGGAUUAAGCGGCAUAUCAAGUAUAUGCGAAUUUGCAACCACAUCGAUCGUCACUAUCAAAAAGCGACUUUAAGCGAAUUGAAUACCUUGCAAGAUUGGUGUGCAGUAUGUUGGGAACAGAUGGACACUGCUCGCAAGCUACCGUGCAAUCAUUUCUUUCAUGAAGGGUGUUUACGAGGUUGGUUGGAACAGGAUAAUUCAUGUCCAACUUGUCGAUCGUCACUUCCGUCUUCAGGUGCCAUGGUAACAAGGGAAGAUGAAAUAUUAGUAGUCCCAGUGUUACGGCCUUUCAGUCACGUUUUUCAUUUUCGGGGUCCACAUUAUGCACGGUGGUUACCAUCGUUUUCCGUUGAAUUGUCUCAUAAUUUUGGAUCAGAUUCUUCUCAACGAAAUAGACUGCUUAAUACUUCGAAUUCUCAGUUGAAUGCAUUGGCUGAACAGAUUUCGGAAAUGUUUCCACAGCUUGAGAUGGAGGCAAUUAUGGGAGAUUUGCAGGCAAGCGGCUCAUUACAAGCAACUGUUGAAAAUAUACUUGAUGGUCGCUUACGAAUGAAUGAUGCUACUUUGGAUGCGGAAGAUGAAAGUUCGAGUUCUUCAGAUACAUCUUCGUCUGGCGAUUCUUCUACUGAGUCACUAGAUGAUUGUGACGGAACUUCUGAAUCAUCCCAUUUUCAGUCUGCAACUCAUUCAGAAGAUGGUCAUAAUAACAUUAUUUCACAAAAAAAAGCUUUGCUAAUUCAACGUCACCGAGAGUAA